CUCCUACGCCCUGAGAGUUGAUAAGAUGGAAGCAAGAGUUGAAGAUAUUGUGAUUGUGGGAGCUGGGAUCGCUGGCCUUGCAACCUCCUUGGGACUUCACUGGUUAGGCAUCCGAAGUUUGGUUUUAGAAUCUUCAGAUAAUUUGAGGGUCACAGGAUUUGCCAUCACAAUGUGGACAAAUGCUUGGAAAGCUUUAGAUGCUCUUGGCCUUGGCCACAUCCUUCGUCAACAACACUUACAGCUUCACGGAAAUGUCACUACUUCUUUCAUCACGGGACAACAGAUAUCAACAACCCUUCUCGCCAAUGCCACCGGAAAACAUGGGGCCCAUGAAGUUCGUUGUAUCAGACGGCAGUUACUGUUGGAAGCGCUUGCCAACGAACUUCCAAGGGGCACCAUCAGGUACUCUUCAAAGGUGGUAGCUAUUGAGGAAUCUGGCUUCACUAAACUUGUUCAUCUUGCUGAUGGAACUGUCAUCAAAACUAAGGUAUUAAUUGGGUGUGAUGGAGUGACCUCGGUAGUAGCAAAGUGGCUUGGAUUGAACAAGGUUGCCUUCUCAGGAAGAUAUGCAAUUAGGGGUUGCAUUACCUUAAAGAGUAGCCACAAGCUUGAACCUAUGUUCAUGCAGUUCUUUGGAAAAGGUUUUAGAACUGGCGUUGUUCCCUGUGAUGACAAGACAGUUUAUUGGUUCUUUACUUGGACUCCUAGUGAACAAGAAAAGAAGCUAGAAGAGGAUCCGGCUAAAAUGAAGCAAUUUGUGUUAGAGAAGCUAGAGAAUAUGCCAAGUGAUUGUAGAGCCUUCAUAGAAAAUACUGAUUUGGAUAAUAUCUUAUCAUCCCCAUUGAGAUAUAGAAAUCCUUUGGAGCUAGUGUUUGGAAAUAUCAAUAAGAGCAACGUGUGUGUUGCUGGAGAUGCGUUCCACCCUAUGACCCCUGAUCUUGGCCAAGGUGGGUGUUGUGCUUUAGAAGAUGGGGUUGUUUUAGCUCGGUGUCUUGGCGAGGUCUUCUUCACAAAAUCAAGCGGAGAAAUUAGAAACAGGAAUGGAGAAGAAGAGGAACAGUGUAAGAGGAUUGAGGCUGGCUUGAAGAAAUAUGCUAAAGAGAGACGAUGGAGAAGUGCAAAUAUAAUCUCUGCUGCUUAUGUGGCAGGCAUUAUUCAGCAGGGCGAAUCCAAAUUGAUCUCCUUUUUCAGAGAUAAGUUUCUGGCUGCACUUCUAGCUGAUAUUCGAUUAAAGAUAAUUGAUUUUGAUUGUGGAAAGCUGAGCAACUCUUAGAUCUCUAGCUAUGAGUUGUUAAUGGAGACACAAUGUACUACUACAUAUAAAUAAGGUGAUGAUGAUAAACAGCGUGAAAGCAUAGACAAAUAGCUUCUCUGCUUCGUUAUGUUUUUUUUUUGAAAUAAUAAUAAAACUGAAGAGCGAGAAAGGAGUAUUUGAUUU